AUGAACAGCGUCCCUUGCCCCGAGCUGAGCUCCAAUCUCUCAUCUCCAAGGCAGUCUCUGAAGAAGCAGCGGCUUUCCAAAACGAGCGGCUCUCUCUCAUUUCUGAGGCAGUCUCAAAGGAAUCUGCGGCUCGCGAAGAUGCUCUCUGCUAUCGAGUGGAAUCCCGGAUCAUGCAGACUCUCGGGUUGCCUCCUCCUCGCCAUACCGAGUCCUCUCCCGUCGUCCGCGAUCGCGCCGAAGGGAAUCACGGAGAGUGACAUCAGUUCGAGACACACGUACACGUGGAGCGCAGGGAACGCGAGGGUGACGACACGGGCAACGUGGGCGACUCGCGGGCAACGUGAGGGCGAAACGGGCGACACUGGCAAAAUGGGCGGGCAACGCGACGUGGGCAACAACGCGGGCGACGCGAGGGUGAAACGGGUGACACUGGCAAAAUGGACUUGGCGGGUGAGGUUAGCGAUGUGGCAAGGUGGACGAUGCGCGAGGAGCGGGCGCAACGCGGACGACGCGGCCAAGUGGGUGACGCGGGGCUCUGGCAAGACGUGCAAGAGCGAGGUGGGUGAUACAGGCCACAUGCGCAAGGUGGGCGAGGUCGUAAGGCGGAAAGAGUGA